UGUGGGAAAGUAUGUAAUGAUUCUAUCAUAAAUAAUGUGGUGUGUUUGUACACAGAUAUCAUCCAGAAGUCUCAGGAAGGGUACCAGGCCGCCUUUGACAUCAGCAAAGACAACAUGCAGCCCACUCAUCCCAUCCGCCUGGGCCUGGCUCUCAACUUUUCAGUCUUUUACUACGAGAUCCUGAACUCUCCAGAGCAGGCCUGUGAACUUGCCAAGAAGGCUUUUGAUGAUGCCAUUGCUGAGCUGGACCAGUUAACCGAAGACUCGUAUAAAGACAGCACACUCAUCAUGCAGCUACUUCGAGACAAUCUGACACUGUGGACCUCUGACAAUCAGGCCGAUGGUGAGGACACAGAGGAGGGCCGGGAAAACUAAAGCCGACUCCACAAAGAAGCUUUUCAGUCAGCACAGCGAGAGACAACGCUGACGCUUUUCCAGUUCCAGCUUCAUACUCACCAGCCCGUCAUUUAUGUGUGUGUUUGGAUGUGAGCGUGUGAAGGAGAGACUGUGUUUGUGUACGUGUGUUUGUUUGGGAGGCAAACGGCAGUUGUUUGUCUUCAACAUGUUCAUUGUGGAUUGGAGAAUGCAGUGUAGUUUGCUGGCUUGAUGUGUGCUCAUGGGAUGCCAGUCACCAUCAACUUUGCUGUAGGUGCAUAUGUGAGCGAGAGAGUGAGUAUGAACCCUUUUCUGAGUUUACUAGGGGAGCAGUUAGUGAUGGGUUUCUUGUGGCUUAGACUGAAUUCUUCACUUUCCUAAAGAAUCAUGGGAAAUAAACCAAAAGUCAGUAUGAACGAAUACUUGUGACAGAUUGGGCUCGUGCAAAGACAUUCUACUUCAGUUGUCAAGUGUUUGAUUUCUCAUUGGUGAAUAAUAACGCGUACAAUCUCUCUGUCGACCACAGACCUAAGAUCAAAAAGACUUGACACAUGGCUUAUACUGUAACUUUGAUAUAAAAGUCUUGUUACCGGAGCAGUGAGGAAUGCUUUUCAUGUGCUUAUCUGAUUAAUAUACGGUUUUCUAUUAGGAGUUUCGGUUUUGUUUUAUUUGUACUACUACUUACUCGAUCUGUUUUUAGUUUGUUUUGUUUACUCUUUUGAUACUUGCCUAAACUGCAUGUGGCUUUAGUUAAUCAGGGUGACUGGAGUUGGCUGAUUGGGUUGCCUAGAAACUGUCUUAGAAUUUUCAUACGGAACACUCAGCAUUAUUGUUAUUUGUUAUGGAGGGUGGGCGGAGGGAUCUGGAUCUCAUGUUAGUGGAAUUAAAACGGAUAAAACACAAA